CAAAAAAACAGAGAGAGAAAGCCAAGUGGAGAAAAAGUAGUUGCAAACCGCUAAACUGCCUCAUGUUAGAGUCCAGUCAAAUAAAUUAAGCCCAAUUCCUUAGCCUCGUAAGUCAUAACCAUAAAACCUAAUCAUCUUAUAAGCGCACCAAGGGUACGUGAAACAUUAGAAACUCAAAAAAACACAAGCCAAAGAAAAAUAGACCAAAACAUCAAAAGAUACUAAAUAUUAUGGAGUCUGUGGUGUCUGAGUUAGAAGGCACGCUUGUGAAGGACUCGGAUGCGUUCUCCUACUUCAUGUUGGUGGCGUUUGAGGCUUCGGGUUUGGUUCGCUUUGCCUUGUUGCUAUUACUAUGGCCCGUGAUUCGGUUUCUGGACAUGGUUGGCCUGAGUGACGCGGGGCUCAAGCUAAUGAUCUUCGUGGCUGUGGCUGGGGUUCCCAAGUCGGAGAUUGAGUCAGUGGCUAGGGCAGUUUUGCCAAAGUUCUACAUGGACGAUCUUGACAUGGACGCGUGGAGGGUUUUCAGCUCCUACCCCAAGAGGGUUGUGCGCACCAAGACGCCCAAAAUUAUGGUGGAGAGGUUCGUGAAGGAGCAUCUACGUGCAGACGAGGUUGUUGGGACUGAACUCUCCUUCAAUAGGUUUGGCUUAGCCACGGGUUUCGUCCAUGGUGACUCGAGCAAUACCAUUUCCCAAAGAGUUGCCAACCUUUUCGACAAUGGUGCACCUACUUUGGUUAUGGAUCAACUACAUCCACCAAUAUUGAUAAACCAAAACUACGACCACCAGAUGCUCCGGCCAAUUCCGGUGAUCUUCCACGACGGGCGGCUGGUGAAGCGGCCGACGGCGUCCACCUCCCUCCUAAUCCUCCUAUGGAUUCCGGUAGGCAUUUUACUAGCCAUAAUCCGCAUCAGCAUGGGUUCCAUUCUACCCUUUUGGGCCAUUCCUCACAUGUCAAAACUCUUCGGCGGAAAGGUCAUCGUAAAGGGAAAACCCCCCCUCCCCCCCUCCGCCGGGAACUCCGGCGUCCUCUUCGUCUGCACCCACCGCACGCUGAUGGACCCCGUCGUCCUCUCCGCCGUCCUCCGGCGCCAAAUCCCAGCCGUCACGUACUCCAUCUCGCGGCUCUCGGAGAUCCUCUCCCCCAUCCCAACGGUGAGACUCACAAGGUCACGCCACGUGGACGCGGAGAAAAUCAAACGCGAGUUAUCGAAAGGCGACUUGGUGGUGUGUCCCGAAGGAACAACGUGUCGUGAGCCUUUCCUUUUGAGGUUCAGCGCUCUUUUUGCUGAACUAACUGACCGGAUCGUGCCGGUGGCCAUGAACUACAGGGUAGGGUUCUUCCAUGCAACCACCGCGAGGGGGUGGAAGGGUUUGGACCCCAUUUUCUUCUUCAUGAACCCUAGGCCCGUUUACGAGGUUACCUUCUUGAACCAGUUGCCGGUUGAAGCCACGUGUUCUUCCGGGAAGAGUCCCCAUGACGUGGCCAAUUAUGUUCAGAGGAUUUUGGCGGCGACGCUAGGGUUUGAGUGCACCAACUUCACGAGGAAGGAUAAGUAUAGGGUGUUGGCUGGGAACGAUGGCACUGUCACUGUCACUGUGUCUCCUACUUAUUCCUUGCUUGAUCACAUGGUGAAGGUCAUCAGAACCUUCAUAAAGUGAAAAUAAUUAUGGUGCUCGAUCGUGCUUGUUAAAAGAUUGUAACAUAUUAUUGAUUAAUUGUUUUAUUUUGUUGAUUUGUAAGAUAUAUAUGGAUAUGCCAGCUUCUGUAUUGAACCUCAUAAAUUUGUGUAUUUUGUCAUUACUUUUUGGGUUUUACCUGUAGAUUAAUUGACUGUUUGUAAUUUUUGUUGUUUUUUUAAGAUUGAGAUCACGGUUUCUCACAAACAUUUUAUAACUCAUAGUAUUCCCUGGUUCCUGAUUUAGAAACAAGGGCUGGGUUACUAUUGGGUACACCUUUUACCUAUGUUUAAUGUAUUUUCUUCUCGUAAAGAAAUAUGUUAGUA